GCAGCGUGCUUCAGGCACCGGAAGAUCGUCAAAGAUCCUAUUCCCCACUGACUGAUGACAAUGGACGUCCUUCUCGACCAGCACUUUCUUCGCGUCGAGGCCGCGCUGAACGCCUUGAUCGACUCCAUUACCUCCUACAACCCCUCCCACCAGGCCGUCCUCGACCUGCUGGCUGCCGACGAUGACCUUAGUCGCGGCCUGGAGCAACUCGCCGUCCACCAGGCCAACUAUCAGCGCAUCCUGGCCUUGCGACAGACUGCCGAUACCCUCGACGCUCAAGUCAAGUCCACUCUAACAACCCUCGCCGACACGCGCAAAGAGCUCAUCAACACUCCCGCCUCCACAACCACUGCCAACACUCGCGACGUGGGCACCCAGGAACUGCUCGCCUACGCCAAGCACAUUGGCAAGUUUACCGUGCCUCCCAACUACCGCCCGCCGCCCACCAAGGAAGAGGCCGCGGUCCAGGAGAAGCCGGACGAGGAUGUCGUAAUGACAAACGGCACUCCCGCUGCCGCUGCGCAACAACAGCAACCAGACGGCCCAGCGGCACCCGAAGAAACGCGCACCAUGGCGACGCUCAGCGCGGAGCAAAAGACCUGGCUGGCCGGUCUCAGUGCUCUUCCAUUUGUUCCAUGGCCGACUGAAGACAAGAUUAGACUGGGCGCAUUGGGUCAGAUUCAGACCAUGGUGGAACAAGGGAGAGAUCCGACUACAGUCCUUUCGCCCGAAGAGCAGGCGGAGCGGGCACGGAAAGCAGCAGAAGAGGAAGAGGAGAGACGCAAGGAAGAAGAAAGGCAGAGGGCGGAGGCAGACAGAAGGAGAAGAGAGUCGUAUGCUGCCGGUGGAGGCCAGGGCGGUGGGCAAGCGCAGGCGCAGGCGCAGGCAGAGCAGUUCAACCUGGAUCUUUACUAACCACUUCACUGUGGGACACUGCCGCCCGAAAGACCAUUGUCACGUUCUCUCGGAACAUGAAGUCAAGAAAAAGUUAAAUCUGGCUAUGGUACAUGAUCGUCAUAACGUGCUGGGUAUCUGAAGCGAAAAGAAGCACGUCGGACCACAAGCAACCC